CACUACUCUUCUUCCAAGAAGGAGACUCGGUAACGUUCGAAAGAGAAAACGAAGAAGGGGGGCGAGAGAAAUGGCGAGCACGGGGAGCACCAAAAACCCUAAGAAGGCGAACCUCCUCGAUCCCCACUCCAUCAAGCACCUCCUCGACGAAUCCGUCUCCGAGGUCGUCACGAGCCGAGGGUACGUGGAGGACGUGAGGCUGAGCAACGUGAGGCUGCUGAUUGGAUCCAUCAUCAUCGCCAUCGCGCUCCUCGCCCAAUUCUACCCCAAGAAGUUCCCCGAGAACAAGGAUUUCCUCAUCGGUUGCAUCGGAUUAUAUAUAGCUUUCAACGGGCUGUUGCAAUUCAUCAGCUACACGAAGGAGAAGAAUGCGAUCCUUUUCACUUACCCUCCUCCCGGAUCCUUCAAUAGCACCGGGCUGGUUGUGUCUUCAAAACUGCCAAGAUUCUCAGACCAGUACACUCUUACAAUAGCCAGUGCAGAUCCAAAGUCCAUUUCUGCAAAUAAACCUGUUCAAUUUACCAAGAGCGUGACCAAAUGGUUUACCAAGGACGGAGUUCUUGCGGAAGGUCUGUUCUGGAAGGACGUCGAGAGAUUGAUUGACGACUACAAUGGAGAGCGUAAGAACAAAUGAAUUUUAGAAGGUGCUUAGGAACGUAGUAGUGAUCAUCACCGCUAGUGCAAAACUUAUUUCUCUCUCAUGCUCACCCUAUUAGAGAUUUACAGCGCAAUGUGAAAUGGUGUUAUCACCAUCAUUUGGAAGUUUUGGUUGCAUAGCUUUCCCGAUGCCAAGUGAAAAGAUUAUGCUUUGUCAACCGAUAUUAAAUUAAGCGUAAGAUUUUUGUAGUUGAAUCAAAUAUGACUUUGAGCUUAUCUUGUGCACUUGGUUUCUUGCUUCCA